AUGGUUGCUCGCGAUUCGCUCCGCGCCCGUCGUCUGCAUCUGGUCCGGAAAGGAUCUCCGCGUUUUUCCAUCUCCUGCAAGUCUCCUUCCCGCGCGGUGGCGCGUACUGCGUCCUCGUCUGCAGCAGUCAUGUUGUCUCGAAAGCCUGGAACCGUCGGCCUCGCAGAAGGCGCUUCUUCUUCGCUCUCGUACCACCGCGGAAAUGCAGGCGUCUCUGGAGGUGCAGCUGCGCCAGGCGCAGUGGGCCGCAGACGCGGCGCUCGGCAGGAACUGCGAGAAGAACAAAAGAUGGAGGUCAAGGAAGCCUUCGACCUCUUCGACACCGACAAAAGUGGACGCAUUGACUACCACGAACUCAAGGUCGCUAUGAGAGCUCUCGGAUUUGAAGUCAAGAAAGCCGAGGUGUUGGAGUUGAUGCGAGAGUACGACAAGCAAAGCACUGGACAAAUCGACUACAGCGACUUCCUGGAAAUCAUGACGCAGAAAAUUCUGGAGAGAGACCCAGCUGAGGAGAUGGCCAAGGCUUUCAAGUUGUUCGACGAUGACGACACAGGGAAAAUCUCCUUGAAGAACCUGCGUCGAGUGGCGCGAGAGUUGGGGGAAAACCUUUCAGAUGAUGAGCUGCAGGCCAUGAUCGAUGAAUUCGACCGAGACUGCGACGGCGAAAUUAGUCAAGAAGAGUUUUUCGCGAUCAUGAAGCAAACGAGCUUGUACUGAAGAGAGACGCAUCACGUCUUCUCUCUCGAGGGUCUCUCCUCAUCCCUUCGUCUCCCCCGCUUGGCUCUCCCUCUUGACAAUCGAUUUUGAGCUCACAAGACGUCUCCCGUCGCUCGUCUCCUCGC